AUGGAUGGCAUGGACGACUCUCCGCAGUUGCGGGUGUCUCCUGUCUCGGCCCGAGCCCCACUGCAAGGAGAAAACCGGGACGAUGUGUCUUGCUACUUUCUUCGGUUGACAGGCCUCCCGACUCCUCCCGAACCCUGGCCAGAACCGUCCAACCUCCAUGUUGUCUGUGUCCUUGCGGCUGUAACUUGUCUCGCGGAAUUUCUGGCGCGGCAAACCCGCUUCGGCGCCACCUUGUCCAGCUCUUUGAUCGCUUUCUUGCUUGCUGCCUCUAUCAGCAAUGCGUUUCCUUGGCUCCUCCCCACGCACUCGCCAGUUUACGACGCGGCUUGGCACAUUCUCGUCCCGCUCAUCCUUGUUCUCCUCAUCACCAGCGUCGUCCUCGACAACGCAGCGCGGACUCCGGCGGGAACGGGUACUCUGGAGGACCCGCCGGCCUGCUGGCCUUCGCGCCAAGAGUCCGUCCACCGAAACCGUGAGACAGCCGCAUCGACCUCCGGCAAUCUCUGCGUGCGGGUGCGAUCUUCUUCGUUACCGCCUUCUUCGGCGUCGGAUUCUCCGGCACCCUCCGUCUCUCCGUCGCCUGCGCUUUCUCCUGGAAACGGGAACGGUGACCAGGCUGUGACCGCUGCGGGGGCUGCACGGCGGUUUCAGACGGUGGGCGUCGCCUUUGCGCUUGGCGCGGCCGCGACAAUCCUUAGUGUCGCUGGCGCUUUCCGUCUCGUCCUUGUCGUCAUCUCGUAUUCCUGGUGCUCGGGCGUGUUUCACCUGACUCAACACAUCGCUGCGAUGUGCGCAGCCUGCAUUGCGGCGACCUACAUUGGAGGAAGCAUAAAUUUUUACGCCGUCGCCAAGACUCUGGCAGUCCCUGGGCACAUCUUAGGCAAGUCUUUUUCCGCCUCCCUCGAGCCUGCGCCCUCGCUUGAUGAGCCGCUGCGAGGCCGCCGGCCGAGAGGCGCUGCAGCCGAGGGCGUCCUCGCAGCUGGUCCUUCGGCGCCUGCGUCUCCGUCACGCGCUUCAGCCCAUCCUUCGGCCCCCCUUCGCGUCGCUGGCCUUGCCUUCUGCGCGGCAUAUGCGGCAGCCGUUGUCGGCCUCACAAACGGUCUGGAACACCUUCUAUCCAUCGUAACGCCGGUGUCUCAGCAAGGCGCCGAUACCUUGGCCGUCUCGCUUGUCGCCUUUGCAUGCGCCCACUUUGGCAAAAGAGGCCUUCGCACGGGCCAACACAGAGGAGCCGCAGCAACGCCGAGCGGCGAGGCUCCGCGCAAGGGCCUCGAGGAACGACGAAAUUUCUUCGAACUCGCCGAAGAAGCUACACGCGUGUCUGGAGACUUCGCCAAUGCAGCGCAAGCGCUGUUCUUCGCGGCUAUUGGCUCGGGCACACGCCUCGCGGAUGUCGCCACGAUUGGACCGGCAAUCUUCGGCUUCACGCUCGCCAGCCUCGUCGGCCAUUUGUUUGUCCAUUUGAUUCUCUGUCAACUGUUCAACUCUUUCGCGCGCCUGAAGAACCCUUUGUUCGCGAUCCCUUUGGACGACUGCCUUGUCGCCAGUGAAGCCAACAUCGGCGGCCCCGGCACCGCCGCGACGCUAGCAGGUACGAUGCUGCGGCGUCCCGACCUGAUUAUGCCAGCAGUCGUCUGGGGCACUGUCGGUUACCUUGUUGCCACGAGCAUCGGCAUUGAACUCUUCAGUUUCCUGACUGCAUCUUGA